GUGUUCGACAGCACGGCGAAGGACUCUUUGCGGACCGAACGCCUAGCUGAACUCACACCGCGCGAUGUCGCAGCGAUCUCCAAAGCUUUUGCCAAGGCAGGAGUGCGCAACGUCGAGCUCAUGCAAGCCCUGUGCGAUCACAGCUGCGGCCUGCUCAGGGAUGGCAUUGACCAGAAAUGCUACAAGCGACCCAUGAAGUCCCUUGCCAGAGAUAUCUACGAAGAGGACUUCAGUGCUGUGGAUGGAAAAGUCGAUGCCUUCGACAUGGUGACUUUGUCAGAUAUGCUGAGCUCCCUUGCAGACCAGCAGUUUGUGCAUCCGCAGUUUCUGGAGUUGGCCGACGAGUACAUGCAGAAGGGCCUACAGCAGCCGGCGCAUGAGGUGACAAAGUUCCUGCGCUUCCCGCAGGUCUUCGCCCGAGCGCUGGUUGCCCGAGCUCGUGCUUACAUUGAUCCUGCAGGGCGGCAAGUUUUCAGAAGUGCGAUGCCGCACGUCGUGGAGACGCUGCCCGUCCUGGGGGCAAGAGACGUUGUUAGGCUGGUUGCG